AAAGCAAAACGCGUGAAACGUUUACGUUUUUGCUUGAACUCGGCGCCGCUAAAGAUCCCCGUGCGAUAGUUAUUACGUCUAACGUGGUGCGUCCCUCCCUUCUGUCCACUAUCUUCAACUUCGCCACCUGUGGGUGCGGGUAAACGUGUCGCGCGCGCGGGGUGCCUGUUAUUUUUACACCGGGCUUGCUACGUGUGGCUUCAAGCGCAUCCGAAAUCGAACGUCGGGGACAGAUUGGUGAAAGGAAGCGAUACGUAUGGUCGUCGGGUGUGCAGCAAGUGAUCUCACCUGUCGCCAGAAUUAAUUGCGAUUACGAGUGAGCCUCUACGACUUUUGUCCAGCCACGAAAUCGAUUAUUCCCUCAGCGACACUACACCCUAAUCGCGUGUGCCCGUGAACCUUCAGUCGAGAGGAAGGUGGAAAAUUGAUUUUUCAGCUCAUCACCGCUCCAACGUCAGCAGGCGCCAGCAUGUCCGGCAAAAGCAUGAUGAAUAAGUUUGUGAUACGGAACAUUGUGCAGCGUGCAGUGAAUUGCACGUACGUGUGCGUCUUCUACUUGAUGCUGCUCUCUCUGCUGGAUACCGCCGGCAUAGCCGCGGACAAGAUGCCCAAAGAGGACAUCUCUGCCGUGAGCGAUGGAGACGAGCUAGCGCCGAAUGGGAGCAGCGGCGAACCUACCGAAGACAAGGGUCUCCUAUCGUCCGAUAUCGGGUUCGUGCAUGCAUUCGCCGCCUCAUUCAUGGUGAUUAUCGUAUCGGAGCUCGGCGAUAAAACGUUCUUCAUUGCGGCAAUUAUGGCGAUGCGUCACCCGCGGUUAACCGUGUUUGCCGGUGCAAUCGCAGCCCUCGCCCUGAUGACCGUGCUGUCGGUGGUGUUCGGUAUGGCCGCCACGAUUAUACCGCGCGUCUACACCUUCUACAUCUCGACCGCCCUGUUCGCCCUGUUCGGGCUGAAGAUGCUCAAGGAUGGUUACUACAUGUCGGCGACCGAGGCCGCCGAAGAGUUGGAGGAAGUCCAGUCCGAUCUGCGGAAGCGCGAUGACGAGUUGACUCGAUCGUUAAGCGGUCAACGCAAGGAAACAGUAGAACUGGUGCCUCUCAGCGAAACCGAAGAUCUCGAAACUAGCGGCAAGCAACGGAUGCUGUCCCGCAACGGAACAGCCAUCGUGAUCGGUGGUGCGCACCAGCGAACCACCACCGGUGGUUCAAUACACUCGCUGGUCGAACUACAUGGAUCGACCGGAGCAGCAGCUGCAUCGGCAGCAUCCUCGUCUUCCUCACUGCGCCUCUCAUCAUCCGCUUCUCAACUGUACGCUGGAAACAACCGUAGUGGUAGUGCUGUGGCUGCUGUUCCCUCGCUGGUCGACGGAGCAACCGGUCACCAGCAAUCUAGUCAGCAACGGCUCGCUGGUCGAAAACCGGCAAACGGAAUCUCAACAGUUGGCGAAGGCGAAACGGGAGUCCUACAGUCCACCAUCGAGGGUGGCCUUGGCGAUGGUGGCGGAAACGAUGCAGAUGGUGGUGGGGGAGUUGGUGUCAAUCGUGGCACGGCUGGCGGUCAACAGGAGGUCAUUCUCGAGACGAAAAGGAACGGUACUGGAGGUGAAAGCGAGCAGAGACAACGUGUGCGGGCCAACGCUGCGAAUGGUUCGAUCGCAACCGGUACCGAUGGUACAACCGUGGCUGGUUCUAAAAUGCUGGAGCGCGAGGUCAGUGCCAGCGGUAGCUUGAUGAAGGUGCAGGACGCCGAAUCAGGAACGAACCGCCGGUCUUCCCGGCCGCACAAUGUCGCCCUCAAGAUGCUGUUCCGGAUUUUCGCGCAAGCCUUCACGAUGACGUUCUUGGCCGAGUGGGGCGACCGCUCGCAGCUGACGACAAUCAUCCUGAGCGCCCGAGAGAACGUGUACGGUGUGAUCGCGGGUGGUGUCAUCGGUCAUUCGAUCUGCACUGGACUGGCUGUGAUCGGUGGGCGAAUGAUCGCCCAACGAAUUUCUGUCCGCACUGUUACCCUUAUCGGUGGCGUCGUGUUCCUACUGUUCGCCGUGAGCGCACUGUUCUUUGGACCGGGCGAAGAGGAACCGGCCAAGGUGCCCAUUCCUUAACAAGGGUCACCCCCAUUCAUUACUACUGCUGCAGUCCUUCAGACAGGCACCCACCGACCGAUUCUUCUGGCCCAACCAUUCUGCUGCAAUAUGCCUUCUUCAGUGGGUGUGCGUGUAUUGGACAUAGAUUAAGAUACAAAAGUAGAAACAAAGAGAAGCGCAACCGUAACAGACCCAGGUGAAACUUUAUCGGAACGAGCCGCCACGACUUCCACUCCAGCGCACUGCUCGCACGACGCGAACGGGUUUUUGAUUUUUAUUGCUCAUCAAACUAUUCUUUUCAUAAAUGCUUUAGUAACAAAAUCGGUGGUAGGGGAAUCCCUUAGUUUCGCUUGGCGCUGCGGUUAAAAUUGGAAAUCCAUUGGUUCAUAUGCCUUAUUGUAGGUGCCGUAUGUAAGAUGAAGGAAAAACUAGAGGUUUUAUGUUGAUUCCCUCCAGCAAAAGCCCCCACAUGUAAUCGUAAGCAAAACGAAAAUAAAUUUGGCGGCAGGCAGGAUUAGCUUUUCCUACUUCGCAAAAUGCGCAGUUGGCGUUGUUAGAGAGAAAAGGCAUGAACGUUGGUUGCCAAUAUAAACAACUCGGCAAGAAGAGCUUUUCCUUAUCGAUGUUUCGUACAGACGUGUGAGACUUGCUAGCUCCAUUCGAUUGCUGUACGGCUAGGCUAUUGUUUCCUGUUGUUAUUGUGGAGAAAAAUGGGAAUGUGUGAUUGGCAAGGGAAAAUGAGGGAUGGGAUAAGAAAGGAUGCAGGUAUUAUUCAAAACUGUCGUGAAAAUAAAUGUGAAAUUGUAUAAAAAUAA